GAGCACUGUGCGUGCGUGUGUGUCCUUUGUGCCCUCCUGUCCUCUGUGGAUGUGCCACUCAGUGUGUCAUUGUCUCUGUCCAUCUCGUUCUUUGCAUAGUGGAGAGACGUCAAGUUUUCCUUCUCUGAAGCCAACAGGACUGACGGCAGGCCUCCACCCUCACAAACAAUCAGAGCCUCCUUUAGGUCCGGACGAUGAGGGGCAGAGUGGAGCUGUGUGUGCUGGGCCUGCUGUGCCUCCAUAGCUUUGCAUUCGGGCAGGAGGCAGUGGAGGACCAGUCUGGUGUCCUGAUCUUUUGCGAUGACUCCUUUGUGGACAUGGCCGUCACCACUGCCAUUCGUCAGUUCAACGAGGGGCUGAGUUCUGGUCACAAGCUGGCUCUGUUUCAAAUCCUGUCAGCCAGGAAGUCAGAAAAUGGCUCCGACUCGGUGUAUUCGCUGGAGUUCACCAGCAGGAGGACUGACUGUCUCGUAGGGAACAGCAAACCCUGGACAGACUGUGACUAUUUGCCACAUGGACGAAGGAAGCCUAUGUCAUGCAACGCUACAGUCUACAUGACAGAGACAGAAAUUGACACCAAACAGGUGGACUGCCAGCUUGAUGAUUUCAUUGUUCCAGAGAGGGCUCCGUGUUUGGGCUGCCCUGAGGAAAUUGAUGAGAACUCGGAGGACCUCAAAGUUCCGAUUUUGGCCUCCAUCUCCAAGUACAACUCCAACUCCAACUCCACUCACCUCUUCACCCUGCAUGAUGUCGGCCACGCCACCAGACAGGUGGUUGCAGGGUUCAGGUUCAAGCUGCAAUUUGACAUGAGGAAGACAACCUGUGCCAAGGCCGAGCACAAAGAACUGAACGCGCUCUGUGUCGCCGAUGAGGAGAACGUGGAGUUUGUCAACUGUAACUCUACGGUGGAUUUAGCGCCAUGGAGAUUUGAGCAGCCAGAGGCCCACAUAGAGUGUGAACAAGGGGCACUACUCAAUACCAUGGUGUUCUCGAGGCGCCGACCUGCCGGAUGGUCUCCUCUCAGAACCUUUUUGUUAAGAGGUCCUUCGACUGAUGCAGGUCCAACGCCAUCGCUACCUACACAAUCCCCCUCCCCAACUUUAGCCAAAGAGGAGUCCUCUGAGGAGGACAGCACAGCUUCCAAAGGCUCCGUUCAGCCGGAUGUGAAUGACAAACCCUUCCACUGCCCCUCUAAGUUCUGGAAACCUUUCCAGCCACUUAAUUCUGUCCCUCCCACAGCUGUGACACCCUCACAGCCGCCUGUACAGGGAGCGUUCAGUGAUAAAGAUCUGCUGUCUUAAGUUUUCCCUCCAGGGGGCAACAUUUGUAUGGAAAAGCGCAUCUCCAAACAGGUUUUUAUUUUAUCAUUUGUCAUGUUGACUAAAUCUCCAGUGUUUUAGAGAUUUUUCAGCCCAGCCUCAAUAGAAAGCAUGUAACUGCUUCAUUUGUCCACUUCUCUUGAACCUAAAAGUGUGGCAGUCCAUGGUUAGAAAUCGUGACGUGUUUAGAAAGCAAACGUACAAUGCUUGAGCUGCUAUGUGUUGCACUAUAGACCAAACGUAGCUGUUACAUGUUGUGAUGUGAAAAUGGGUUCUUGAGUUUUUUGGUGGAAAUUUAUUCAUGAAUGUUAUAAAAUAAUUACAAAAAUUGCUAGAAAAGUCAUUUUUGCAAGAGGGGGGAAGAGGAAAGAAAAUUAAAUUGUGUAUUAAAAAGUACCAACUUUGAACCCUGAAUUAAAAUUUCUUCUUGCUUGUUUUGCAUAAAAGCUGUUUAGUAUGAGUUUAAAAAAAACAAUAAACAAUCAAAUCAUUGAGUAAGGAGUUUAAGCACUGUAACUGAACGUAAUCUCAUGUUGGAAAUAACGUGUGCUUUACUUUUAA